AUGGCAUCCCAGCGGCUGUGUGUGAGAUUGAUGGGGCUGGCUGUCCUGCUGACACUCUUUGCACUCAGAGAGCCGGUUUCCUUUCAGAGGCUGGAGACCGACCUCUCCUACUGGAUGGACCAGAGUCGCUCCAGAGACCAGGAUCGGCAGCACCAUUACGAUGAGAACGCUCCCAUCGGACGGGACCACAGCUCCUACAGACACGGAGCCGAUGUCAACUACGACUACUAUUAACUGUGGCAUGAAGCUGUCGAUAACCAAGUUCUCCACAGCUGCUUUUGACAGUAUAACCGAUUAUAUUCUACCCACAUACUUUUAUAGAGCAAUGUUCAAAGACAGCAAUAACUCAAUUUGGGGCGGGGCGAAAUGAAUAAUAUCAUAUAGCCUACCUAUAUUUUGACCUUGAUAUCGAUAGUGUUUUUGUAGGGCUUUCACAGAUAAUUUACACGAUGAUAAUUCUGACAAGUAAUCAUGAGUAAUGGUGACAUAAUGGUAAAGGCGAAUACAUAAACAGCAAUCAGAAACAUUGAGAAAAGGACACCACUUUACUUUAAUGCCGCCUUAAAAGCCAGGGAAAACAUAUGAUAUUAUGAUGUCCAAAAUCUCAGACAAAAUCCAAUCUCAUGUUAUCGAUUUAUCGCCCAGCCCUAUUUAUGAGGCAGUUGAUUUUUAUGAAAUACUUUUUAAAAUCUGAUA